AAGAUCAGGUGAGUGAAUGCAUGAUCCCCCCCACAUUUCAGUCUGCAAAAUCAACCCGGACCGUGUAUCACAUUAAUCUGGAAGAGACUCAAGGAGCUGCAGAUGCUGGAAUCUUUAUUUGUUACGCUAGUUGGUGUUUUGCAGCGACCUGAUGCCCUAUUUGCACGCUGGACUCCGAGCAGUGUGGAGAGGGCUCUCCCCUGCUCGCCACACCACCCUGGCCGCUUUGCGUGACCUUCGGGGCAGUGCCCUUGUUCUGAAGUCUCUGUCGACCGAUAUCUACGAGAAUCUGGGGCUUGAGGACUGGCUGCACGAGUACGUGGAGCCCCGGGACCGCCAGGUGCUCCUGCUCUGGAGGAACUGCCCAGCCGUAGUGAUCGGUCGCCACCAGAACCCCUGGCAAGAGUGCAACUUGAAACUCAUGAGGGACAAGGGCGUCCAGCUAAGCCGCAGGAAGAGCGGGGGAGGCACUGUCUACCACGACCUGGGCAACAUCAACGUGACCUUCUUCACCUCCAAGAAGAGCUACGACAGGCGUGGCAACCUGGAACUGAUCAUCUCGGCCCUGAACAGUAUCCGACCUCAGCUGGACAUCAUGGCCACAGAUAGGCUGGAUCUGCUCCUCAACCGGACCUUCAAGAUCUCUGGCUCAGCCUCCAAGAUCGGAAGGACUACUGCUUACCACCACUGCACAUUGCUUUGUAAUUCAGACAGCUCUCUAUUGUCAUCUGUGCUCUGCACCCCCUACCAGGGUCUGAAGAGCAACGCUACCCCCAGCACACCUGCCAGUGUAAAAAACUUGUGGGAAGAAGACCCCACUCUAACUUGUGAUAUCUUGAUGGAUGCCAUUGCAGCAGAGUAUUCAAGGCGUCAUGAUCUCCAAGGACAAAUCUUGCUUGUAGAUCCCAAAGACGUUUCAGUGCUACCAGGAGUUGACAGAUUUACACAAGAGCUCAAAAGCUGGGACUGGAUCUAUGGAAAAACACCCAAGUUUAGUGUCAGUCGUACUUUCUCUGUGGACUAUAACUUAACCAGGGCAGAAGUUAAAUUGAAUAUGAACAUCAAUCGUGGCACAAUUGAAGGCUGUAACAUUGAAGUCUUAUCUGACUGGCUACCAUCUGAAAUGUGUGACCAACUAGCCACAGACCUCGUCGGCAGCAGGUUUUGUCCCACUGAAACAAUGGUUUUGGCAAAUGCUUACUUAAGAGUUUGUCCCCAGGAUAGAAUACUCCAUAAUAAAUGGAAUGUACUUUGUGAGCAAGUUAUGGCAAUCAUGUAAUGUUUAGUCCAGAGAAGACUGUCUCUGUACACCUGGAUAAACUUGAAUUUAACACUGCUAAAUCUGCAAGCUGUUAGCUUGAAUAAGCGAGUUCGGUAUUCCGACUGCGCGUGCCAGGUCAUAGGUCACUCGAGAUAAACAUUCUCGCAGCUGAGCUGCUGCGUGUAUACAGGCCUGCGUAUCAUCCGUAGUCAGGAUCGAACAGGGUCUCUGGCGCUGCAAGCACAGUUGAAUUGCUAUUGAAGUUAGCGACACUAUUUCUACCUUCACUGGUCCAUGCAGAAAUCUCAACAGUGACAAUCUAAUGAGUUACGGUCCGGUCCCCCUCAGCCUGGGUGUAUGGGCUCCAUUCUCAUUCGGUCUGACCUCCCGGGUUUUACAGGGUUAUUAUACAGGGGCAAACCACCCACCCCUCUCCUGCAUAACCCCAGGAGGCAGAUUUGUGAGCGGAGUCUCACUACUGUCCCCGUCCCCUCCCGAGUGUCCCAUUCCUGUCCGGGGUCAGCCGGAGAUGUCCGGGGUGACCCUGGACUGCCGGACACCGGCCCGGAGCAGUGGCGGCCCCAGGCUUACAGCCAGCGUGGAGAAGAAGCGCCAACUCCAGCUCAACUCUGCUCCAAUUCCCAAGGAACCCGUCCCCUGACGGGCUGGGGACCGUCAGCUGCACCUCUCACCUUAUCCAGUGGCUAUGGGUUAACCCCCUCGGUGCCGGCGAAAGCCGAGCACCAGUCAUCAACGGGGAUACACACAAAAUGUUGCAGUAACUCAACGGGUCAGGCAACAUCUCUGGAGAAGGGUCUCGACCCAAAACGUCACCUAUUCCUUUUCUCCAAAGAUGCUGUCUGUCCUGCUGAGUUACUCCAGCACGUUGUGUCUACCUUCGGUGUAAACCGGCAUUGGUAGUUCCUUCCUACACGUUAAUUAACGGGGCAUCGAUUACCCUAUCAGAUAUCGAUUAAACUAGAGAGAGAUAGAGACCGAAUGUCCUCCAAUGCUGCCGGGAGAGGUUCUGCGGAAUUCCAAAGGGUGGGUUUGUGAAGUGAGAUAGAAAUGAGAUCGAAUUAACGUUCAGAAAAGAGCGUCGCCUAUCCACGGAUAAAGGCGAGGCGGCGAGGCGGCGGGAGAGAGAUGGGGAGAGAGGAACUCGCUAUCACAGCUUCACGACAGGUCCCGGACACCCCAUCUCCACAAGAACUCCCCGACACUAGGACACUAGACUAUAAGACCUUUACUCAAAGUUGCGUUUUACCAAAAUCUCUUCUCUUUUACAAACCAUUUUUUAAAAAUGAGUAAAGCCUACAAGUAAGAGUACAUAAUAUGAAAAUAAUUGUAUUGUCUCAAUGAAUAUGGAACUAUGAAAUAUCUGCAUGGAUGACAAGUUUGAUUGAUGCCUGUUCUUAUGAAUAUUUGAAUUGACAAACACCAUUCACACAGAUAUAUUUAAAACACUAGCAAUGCACCAUCAUGUUAGGAAAUCUUCCACUUUCCUGAAUAAAUGCGGCUCAAACACUCAAGGAAGUUCACCAUUCGGGACAAAAUUGCUGCAUGAUCGGCAUCCCAUCCACCACCGUAACUAUUCAUUUUCCACAAUGCCGGAGUACAGCAGUAAUAUCUACAUGCCUACCAAGUUUCCUUUGGUAGCAUCUUGUAAACCUGUGACCACCACACCUUAAAACAAGGGCAGUGGGUGCAUAGUGACACCACAGCCUCCGUGUCCUUAACCAAAUUGCACACUAUCCUGAUUUGGAAAUACUGUGUAUUGCUAUCCCUCCAUUGUCAAUAGUUAAAGGUUGGAACUCCCUAUCUAUUAGCACUUCAGUGUCACUACAGUGGUUCAAGAACAUGGUCACCACCCCCUUCACAACGGCAGCUGAGAAUUAGCAGUACAUUUUGGUGUUGGAGUUGCUGCAGUAACUUCCAUGCAUUAAUAUAAAGUUAACUUUUUGAAAUUUGUAUUUGAAAUCCAUAAAGAGCCUAGAAAAUGGGAUGAAGGGUUGUGUUAGUGUGAAUAGAGUGCUUAAUUUAAAAUUAAAAUUGGAAACUAUUGGAAUGAUGCUGUGUUGGUGUCUGUUUUCCAGCAUUGUCAAUAUAUUGCAGAUUUCCAUUAUUUGGGUAUGUGACCUCCAUCCAUAUUGCAAUAGUUGUGCAAUAGUUUUCCAUGAAAGUAUUUUAGAUGUAGACGUAAGAAACCACAGAUACUGGUUUAGACAGAAGUCUGAGAUAAGGAGAGAAGGGACAUGAAAUGUGAAACCAGAUGAAGGGAUAAAGUUGGAAAAAGCAGGG